CAGAAGAUAAAGAUAAAUUUUCAGGUAGUAAAGGUUAAAAGCAGUUGGAACGUCAUGGACGCUUCGCACAAGUCGACGUGUCGAUCGAUUAAUAAGCAAACGAUGUGUUUCACGCUGGUCAAACGUCAUCGCCGUUGACGUGCUUCCAUUUGGAGCGAACGUCGAACGUCUGGCGGCUCGAUGGCCCGCAGCUGCGAUCGCGAAUCGCGACUCCGCGCGUCGAACGAGCAAGUUUCGCGCGUAACGUGAAAGGACACCACGAGAUGCUAUCUUCGGGGACGGAGAACUGGUCCACCCACUGGGAAUUCCAGAUUUUUUUUUUCUCCGACGACUAUCUGCUAGGGAGGAGCACGGAGAACGCGCGUGGAUCGAUCCGCGUCGAUCCCUGAGAUCGAGAACGAUCCGUAUCUCGCUCCUCUGGACCGAGCUACGAACGCUGAAAUUCUUUGAACGCAAGUCAAGAGGAGGAGAAAGAAUUCGUUCUUAAUUAUUGCUUGACAAAUGUGAUCGAUGAGGCAGACGAAAACAGUUUCUGGACCAUCGAGGACAAGAAACUUCGCGGACCCGCGCGUUUGUCUUGUUCCAACAACUGGAGGAAUGGUACCCGGGGAGAUUGGGUUCCAUUUGUUUGUGUCCGAAGCCUGCGACUGCGGGGCUGAGGUAGAACGAAGCGGACCGUUUAAUUCGCCGUGACUCGGUCGGUCGAACGGCUGCUCUCACGGUUCCGCUGAACAAUGAUGGAACGAGCUGGUACCACGAGCAACGACGGAACCCGACUACGCGUGUUUCGAACCUAAAGAAGUAUCCCGGAAGGUGGGAGUUGUACUCAUAAUCCUCUGCGAGAGUCCGUCCGCGACUCUCGGUGCCCCGGCCGCUCGUAAACUACAUCCGUCUCUUUUUCCACGGCGUAUACCGCGGGGCAGAAUGGUAGGGGCCAGGAGGCCGACGGGGAAGGAGAAGAACCAGUCGUGAACCAGAACCGUCGGUCCUCAGAAUCUCCCCAGUCACCUCUUCGAGUCUGUGCGGGGACCAGGCGCGUGGAUUUCUCCCGAUCCGCCGGUGUUGCGCGCUGUUCCGGCCGGUGAUCUCGCGAGAGCUGUCGGCUUACUCGCUCGCUCGCUCGCUCGCUCGCACGCACGCACGCCAGCGCGCGCGCACUCGCGUGUGCCUCGCUCUCGUCCGGCUGCGACAACGGAACGAUUGGAUCCAUCGAUCGAUCGUUUUGUCACGCUACGGGGUCCGCGCAUGCUGAUGAUCCUACUGGGUCCGGAGACGAUGAUGGUCCUGGAAAGAGACACCUGGGGCGAGGGACCAACCGCGGCUAGGACUCUGACAGAAUUGUGAAAAUGCUGCCCUGACCAAUUGAAAGUGACACGGCUGACGGAAAAUGGCUUUGACCGUCGUACCCUCGGCCCGCGUUUUCAAUGGAAACGUGGGGACGCAGGCCUACGUUUCCGGUUCCACGGGGUCCAAGUGCCUGUGCUGUCCGUACGGGUACCACAUCGACCUGGAUUUCGUGCGAUACUGCGAGGCGGUCGCAGCGGGAAGUGCCGACGACAGGUCUAGCAUCGAGAGACGGAAGAAAAGGGAACGUCGAAGGCAAUGCCAGUCGAUGGAAGUUCUCCUGGGUCUGGUGAGCCCGGCCCUCGUAGGAAUAGAGGCCGAACUGCCGAAAAUACCGCAAGUACCUACCGCGACGAACGGCGUGGCGACUUUGCCGAGGCCGAGCUACGAGAGGCAGGGGUGCGUGCAAGAUUCGUCGGCCCUCGACCUCAGCGACGUGGUGGGCGACUUCGAGGCGACCCUCAGGCGCUCCAGAUCCACCAAGACCACCGGCAAACAAGAUCAGUUCAGCCCUCAUCGGUUCUCGGAACUGGAUUUCAAAGAAAGGACUUCAGCCAAACCGAUGUUUUCAUAA